GUGACGAAUGUUGGAAAAACAUUUGAAAAACCAUCAGAUGCAGAUAUUGGUUCCGUGAUAUAUUAUGUUACACAACAAAAUAUACUCGUUGUUGAUAUACCAUUAAAUAAAAAUAAUUCACAACAAUCAGAUAUCAUAAAUAAGCAGGAUGCACCAAGACGUUUAUCGUUGAGUGUGAAUAGGACUGAUGAACUAUGGCAACAGCAACAAAACUAUUUAACGCUUCAACGCCAACGACAUCAAACCAUUUCAGAUAUGAAUAAUUCAAGAAAUACACAUUUUGAUAUUGCACAUACCACACCGCCUACAUAUCAUUCUUUGAUUAAGGUUAAAAUAGAAGUCCCACUAGAAGCAUUACAAAAUAGGAAAACAAUAACUAUUCAAAACCUCGAAACGUCAAAAACAAUUCAAAACCCCAAAACCGUGGCCGCAACAAAUCAAAAAUUUGAACAACAACAAGCAGUUGAUACUACAUGUGAUUUGUAUCCAAAAUUAAUAACUGUGGAACGAACAAAGUCAUCCCUAACGAGUAAUACUGGUAAUAAUAUUCAACUACCAACACGAUUAAUUCAACGUGAUAAAAUAAUACCGAUUCAGAGAGAUGGUAGUUCGUUUACAAAAAAAUACGAUCAACAUAAUAUUAUUCAACAGGCACCAAAUAACUGCAAGAUUGGUCAUUUAACACCAAACAAAGUUCCACCCGAACUAUUACGCAGUGAUCAAACAAUAACAAUUCGCGAGAGUGAGUUAUCCAUAACAAAAACAACAGGAUCAACAGACACUUUUCACCGCCUUGAUGAAGCCCAUCAGCAACAAUACUUUCUUUCCCCAGAUAGACAAAGUCAACAGCAAUCAUUAACAGAAAACGCAAAUCGAUAUAAGCAAUGUUUACAGGUAUGUCGAUUGCUUAUUUUCUUAUGUCUUCAUUGAUUCUACGGUGAUUAAUUAAUUGUUAAUAGGACCCAUAUUUUG